AUGGCGUUUGCAUCUUGUUUGAUUGGCUUGCUGCGUGGGGCUGGAUUUGACGGCGUUGAACUUUCUUUCCCCGACCUCCUCGCCUCCGCGAAUCGAUAUUCGGCACUCUACGAAGUUGAGAACGUAGUUGGCGAGAUGUGCACAGGGUACGGCUUGAAGAUCAUGUCCUCCAGCCGUUCUCCAACUUUGAAGCCUGGCCCGGAGGAAGCCCACUGCGAGAAAAAUGCCUGCUCACGAGCUAGGGGUUGGAUCAAAAUCAUGAGUGCCGUGGGUACCGAUAUGCUCCAAGUUGGGUCGUCUGACUCAAGGGGAAGAUCUCAAAACAUUGAUCAGCUGGCUGCCGAGGUGUCAGAAUUGGCCGACAAGUUGGCAUCUCACGGGUUCCGACUCGCCUACGAGAACUGGUGUUGGGCAACACACGCUCCGGGUUUGAGAGACGUCGGGGCCAGUGUCGAGAAAGCGGGCCGUCCCAACAUCGGACUAUACCUCGACAUGUUCCGGACUGUAAUGGGGGUUCUUAAGUGCAAGGCGUAUGAAGGCAGCCUCGAAGAACUUGUCCAAACUGUCCUUGCCGAAAAGGUCUUCUUUCUCCAAAUACGCGAUGCGUACCGCUUAGACCCGCCCCUCAACAACAUGUCGGAACAUGAAUCUGGCCUCCAGCCGCGAGGAGAAUGGAGCCACGAGCAUCGAUCACUCCCGUAUGAUGGCGGUUACCUGCCUAUUCAAGGGGUUGUCCGGGCAGUUUUACAAACGGGGUUUCGCGAAUGGCUGAGCGUUGAGGUUUUCGAUGGAAAUAAGUAUGGUGAUGAUCUCAGGCAGUUUGUGGAGCAAGGAAUGAGCACAUGUAAACAACUGGUUUCGGAAGCGAGCGCGAGCCGCGAGGUAGUAAUUGCCCUUGAUUUUUAA